AUGGCGGUGUGUGCCCGGCUCUGUGGGGGGGGUCAGUCCCGGGGCGGCCGGAGGCGGCAGCAGCGCAAGGGCCCGGCUGAGGCGGCGGGGGCGGCGGCCGAGAGCGAGCCCGACACUGACCCUGAGGAGGAGAGGAUCGAGGGCGCCCCGGCCAUGCCGAAGCCGUCGGGGGCCUGCGGGGCCGCGGGCACGGGGGCGCCGGGGGCCCGGGGGACCCCGGGGGCGAGCCUGGCGCCGGGGGGCGCGGGGGGCGCUGGGGGCCCGGCCUCGGCCUCGGCCUGCCCGCAGCCCCCGCAGCCCCCGGCGGCCCCGGCGCGCUGCUCGCUCCUCGAGUUGCCUCCCGAGCUCCUGGUGGAGAUCUUCGCCUCCCUGCCCGGCACCGACCUGCCCAGCCUGGCCCAGGUCUGCACCAAGUUCCGGCGCAUCCUCAACACGGACACCAUCUGGAGGAGGCGCUGCCGGGAGGAGUAUGGUGUAUGUGAAAACUUACGGAAGCUGGAGAUUACCGGUGUGUCCUGUCGAGAUGUCUACGCCAAACGUAUAAAUCCACGAGUGAAGUCGGGACGUUUUAUGAAAAUUCUUCCCGAUUACGAGCACAUGGAAUACAGAGAUGUUUACACCUGCCUGCUUCACCGAUAUAGACAUAUUUUGGGAUUGUGGCAACCAGACAUUGGGCCAUAUGGAGGGCUGUUGAAUGUUGUGGUAGAUGGUUUAUUUAUCAUUGGUUGGAUGUAUCUGCCUCCCCAUGACCCCCAUGUUGAUGACCCCAUGAGAUUUAAACCUCUAUUUAGGAUUCACUUAAUGGAAAGAAAGUCUGCAACUGUUGAGUGUAUGUAUGGCCACAAAGGGCCCCAUAAUGGUCAUAUUCAGAUUGUAAAGAAGGAUGAGUUUUCUACCAAGUGCAACCAGACAGAUCACCAUAGGAUGUCUGGUGGGAGACAAGAGGAAUUCCGAACAUGGCUGAGAGAAGAAUGGGGACGGACCUUGGAAGACAUUUUCCAUGAACACAUGCAAGAGCUUAUCUUGAUGAAGUUCAUUUAUACCAGUCAAUAUGACAAUUGUCUGACAUACAGACGGAUCUACCUCCCUCCGAGAAGACCUGAUGAUCUCAUCAAGCCAGGCCUCUUCAAGGGAACUUACGGGAGUCACGGCUUAGAGAUUGUCAUGCUGAGCUUCCAUGGGAAAUGUGCCAAAGGAACAAAGAUAACGGGAGAUCCCAAUAUUCCUGCUGGCCAGCAAACUGUGGAAAUUGACCUCAUGCAUCGAAUCCAGCUGCCUGAUGUUGAGAACCUACGUAACUUUAAUGAGCUCUCUCGUAUCAUCCUGGAGGUACGAGAACAAGUCCGUCAGGAGCAGCAGCAGCAGGAAGGGCAGGAGGAAGGGCAGGGCCGUGCCCGGCCGAGCACCAGAGAAUGUCCACCGGGGCCCGCUCACCAGAAACCAGAGCAGCCUGUGGCCGCUGCCGCUCGGGGUGCUGAAGGAGGAGGUGGGACUGAGAAGAGUGUGGAGGCUGUGGGAGGUGUGUCACGAGCAGCCCCAGAGCCUGCUCCAUCCGAGGCUGGGCAGCCUUUUGUGUUACCUGCGGGUGUGAUCUCCAGAAACGAAGACUAUCCUCGAACAUGUCGGAUGUGUUUCUAUGGCACAGGCCUGAUAGCAGGCCACGGCUUCACUAGUCCGGAGAGGACUCCAGGCAUCUUCAUCUUGUUUGACGAGGAUCGCUUUGGCUUCAUCUGGCUGGAACUGAAAUCCUUCAGCCUCUACAGCAGGAUCAAGGCCACUUUCCAGAAUGCUGAGCCCCCUUCCCCAGAGGCUUUUGAUGAAAUGCUCAAGAAUAUUCAGUCAUUGACAACUUGAUGGUCUACUUCUCCUCAAAGAGAGAGGCUCACUGGAAGGGAAUAUCUCAGCUCCUUUGUCUUCUGGAGGAUGAGAUGAGACUUGCAGACAUUGGUAUCUAUGACUCAAAGCAGCAUGCACUUUUGAAAUAAGGCCUUUUUACCAAAAUGCACACUUUAUUGUCAAAGGAGUAUACACUCACGCACCCUUCCUUGAAGUCCUUUAUAUGUAGUGUGUAAUAUAGACCUGUAUAUUUGCCAGUAACCUUUGGAGAAGAACAUUGAGCAUGUUGCCACUUAAACAUACAGAACAAAGCUAAAUCAAAACAAGACCGAGAGGAUCUGUUAGAUUGAGGGGGAUGAGCCUGGCUUUGGCUUCUGGCAGCUUUCUGGGGAAAACAGGGAAGUUUGCACUUUCGUGUCAGAAAUCUCUUUGACAUACAUGCUGAUGAGUCUUGUUGUAGUCAGUAGAGAAUGGAUCAGAAAACGGAUGUCUGAUGGCCAUUCUGCCUGGGAUCAAACAACAAAGCUAAUGACUCGUAGAGCUGAGGGGAUGGGGCAGGCUGUCUGGAGCUGGAUUUCCUUGGAAGACAAGAAUAUGAAUUAUUCAGCUUGGGUGUGUCCCUUUCUAGUAAGUAGAACCCAUCAGGAGACAGUGAAGUCCAGUGGCCAGGAUGCCAGCCUUGGAGUUUGGAAGCCUGGGCUGCCUUCCCGGUUCUUCUGCUGACUCAUUUAGACUUUGGACAGAGCACUUAACCUCCAGCCUGAGCGUCUCCAUUUGUAAAAUGAAGCUGAUGGUACUUGCCACUUGAAUGUCAGAGUGCUCUGGGAUUCUUGGAGGAUAGAGCCUGUUACCCCUCUUCCUGUGACCCACAAAGCUUGCCUUGUACUCUGUAUCAUCCAUAUGCUAGUUCAGAUGCCCAUCUUCGCAGCUCACUUCCAUGUCAGUGUCUGUAAAAAGCUAACACUGCAUUCA